AUGAAGCACCUCGCGGCUUACCUCCUCCUCACCCUCGGUGGCAACACCUCUCCCUCCGCCGCUGAUGUCAAGGCCGUCCUUGAGUCUGUCGGUGCUGAGGUCGAGCAGGAGCGUCUUGACCAGCUUCUCUCCGAGCUCGAGGGCAAGGACAUCAACGAGCUCAUCGCUGAGGGCUCCAACAAGCUCGCCUCCGUCCCCUCGGGCGGUGCUGGCGGUGCUGCCCCCGCUGCUGGUGGCGCUGCUGCCGCCGGCGGUGACGCUCCCGCGGAGGAGGCCAAGGAGGAGGAGAAGGAGGAGUCCGACGACGACAUGGGCUUCGGUCUCUUCGAUUAA